GCCACCUUAAAAGCAGGAGGCAAUUGUGAAGUCGCUGGCCAGCAAGUGGAGGGAAGACUGCAAGAGGGAGAUAAAAAAGAGAACAGAGAGAGAGGCAGCAGGACUUUUGUCUUGGGGACUCAGAAACCCACGGUACCCUAGGAAAACCAAAUCCCCUGGAAGCCCGCAGAGACAUAGAAAUAGCAAGAGAAAAAAAUAAAUACACUCAACUUCAGGAAUCUCCUCUCCCUCUCUCUCCCUCUCUCUCUCUCUCUCCCCCUCCCCGCCUCUCUCUGCCUGCCCUAGUCCUCUAGUCCCCAAACUCCCAGUACCUUGUGCUCCUUCUGAGGAUACCAUGUUGUUCUUCAGCCUCCUGCUAGAGGUGCUUUGGAUCCUGGCUGCAGACGGGGCCUUGCUGUUUGCGGAGAUAGGAGAGAACCAGCCGGGGGCAGGAUGUGUACACACACUGCGGGAAUCUCUUUGCAGGCUACAGCUUCUCUCUGGAGCCCUUUCCCUCACUGCCCUAGUCCCAGGCAGCCCUCCUGGCCUUCUUUAUUUACAAACUCCUCCAAUUAUGGAGCCAAAGAGGCCUGGAGUGAAAGGAUAGAGGGCUGAUGGGGGGUGGGGGUAUACCCUACACCUCCUGCCUAACUCAGACCCUAGUUCUCAACCAUGAACCUCAUGGCUGAGGUCCCCUCUUGAUUCUACAGGGAGACAAAUUCCUCAGUUUUUCCCUAAAACCAGUAGCAAUAAUAGUCAACGUUGUUGGGCCCUUUACAGUGUACAAAGGACUUUCAGGAGCCCCCAGGAGAGGAGGAGGGACUCUUGGGAGAACAGACCAAGGGGCUCCAGGAGUGUCCCCAGGAACCCUACCCCCCAUUUCUGUGUUUCCUGUGGCUAAGCCAGUAUCCAGCACAUAGUAGGUCAACACUGGACCUAUGAGGGUGAGAGCAGAACCCAAGACCUACGACACCCCUUGCACACUGGGACCUCUUCACCUGGCAGAAAGACUGUUGCCGUGCCCACAUGGUCAAGACCAUUGGCCAGCCUCUUACCCUGAGUGUGGAAGCAAUGCCCAGUCCCCCAUAAAUAUCCAGACGGACAGUGUGACUUUUGAUCCUGAAUUGCCUGCUCUGCAGCCCCACGGAUAUGACAAGCCUGGCACUGAGCCUUUGGACAUGCACAAUAAUGGUCACACAGUGCAACUCUCUCUGCCUCCUGCCCUGUACCUGGAAGGACUUCCUCAAAAAUAUGUAGCUGCCCAGCUCCAUCUGCACUGGGGUCAGAAAGGAGCCCCGGGGGGGUCAGAGCACCAGAUCAACAGCAAAGCCACAGCUGCAGAGCUCCACAUCGUACAUUAUGAUUCUGACUCCUAUGAUAGCUUGAGUGAAGCUGCUCAGAGACCUCAGGGCCUGGCUGUCUUGGGCAUCCUCAUUGAGGCGGGCGAGACUAAGAAUCCAGCUUAUGAACACAUUCUGGGUCACCUGCAUGAAAUUAGGCAUAAAGAUGAGAAGACCUCCGUGCCUCCCUUCAACGUGGGAGAGCUGCUUCCCCCUCAGCUGGGGCAGUUCUUCCGUUACAAUGGCUCGCUUACCACACCCCCCUGCUACCAGAGCGUGCUCUGGACAGUCUUCAAUCAAAGGGCCCAGAUUUCAAUGGAACAGCUGGAAAAGCUUCAGGAGACACUGUUCUCCACAGAAGGAGAGCCCCCUGAGCUCCUGGUACAGAACUACCGAGCCCCCCAGCCUCUCAAUCAGCGAACAGUCUUUGCCUCUUUCAUCCAAGCAGGAUUCUUGUAUACCACAGGAGAAAUGCUGAGUCUAGGAGUGGGAAUCGUGGUUGGCUGUCUCUGCCUUCUGCUGGCUGUUUAUUUCAUUGCUAGAAAGAUUCGGAAGAAGAGGCUGGGAAGCCGGAAAAGUGUGGUCUUCACCUCAGCACGAGCCACCGAGGCAUAGACUCCCUCUUGGACAUCAUGGAUGCCUUCCCGUCAUGCCUAUGAGGGAGCUUCUAAAAUAGGGGCAUCUCUGGAGCAGAUGAUACAACUGAUGCUGAGGUGAGAAACCUCUAAAGACUCACCUUUCUUCCUCCUCCCAAGGCCCCUGGUAUCCCCAACUCACCAGUCCCGAUGUCAGUAGGUGACUCCCAACCACCAGGCCCAAAGCCCAGUACCGUCUCCUCUCACAGGCAUCAAAGAACACAACUCCCCAAAAG